AUGGCCAGUUCGCAGGGCCCCGUGGUCUCGGGCAUUGCCAUCGCCUUUGCCGUUCUCACCUUUAUUGUGAUUUGUCUUCGACUCUUUGCGCGCAUUUAUGUGCUGGGAAAGAUGGGUCUGGAUGACUAUUUGAUUAUCGGUGCUUGUCUCUUCUCGUGGGCGUUUAUUGCUGCGACUCUUGUUGCCGUCAAGAAUGGCCUAGGAAAACAUAUCGACGACGCCGACCCAAAUCUCCUCAUCACUUAUGCUUUUGCUGUCUGGCUCAGUUCCAUGUUCUACCUGGCCUGUCUCGGAUUCGUCAAGACCUCGGUGCUCUGUUUCUACAUGCGACUGGGAGAUCGCACUCUGACCCGGAUGUCGUAUGUCAUGAUGGGCGUCAUCACCGUCCAGGCCGUCUCGUUCGUCUUGACUGCCGCCUUUCAGUGCUCGCCCAUCCACGACGCAUGGACCGGUGCGACGCCAGAGAGCAAAUGCAUCAACAUCAACGUCUUCUAUCUGGCCAACGCGGCGCUCAACAUCUUCACUGAUCUGCUCACCUACACUCUCCCGAUCAGAGUCAUUCUCAAGCUUCAAAUCCCGCGGAAACAAAAAAUUGCGCUGGCCUUCAUUCUCUGUCUGGGUCUAUUCGCCUGUGUCUCGUCCAUCAUCCGAAUCACCUAUAUCCCCGCGAUGCUCUCAUCCUCCGAUUCCACCUACGCGAUCAGCGGCGCCAUGUACUGGUCCGUCAUCGAGACCAACGUCGGCAUCUUCGCCGCCUCCAUCCCCUCCUUCAAAGCCAUCGCAUCGCGCUUCCUCCCCCAUCUCGUGGGCGAAUACUCGAGCGGACGCAAAUACGGCCCCUGGUCCGGCAACACCGACCCGAAGCGAUACUACGGCUCGGGCUUCUCGAAAGUCCGCGACCAGAACUCGGUUACCCUGCAGACUCUGCGCGGGAAAGACGACGAUCCCGAGGGUGUGAUGGGAACACAGAUCAAUACUGGGUUUGGGGGGGACAAUUCGAGCGAGGAGAGGAUUAUUAUCCCCGAGGGCAAGAUUCUUACCCAGACGCAGAUCUCGACGAAUGUGGAGGUUCAGGAUUAUGACAUUUCGACUUCGCCUGAGCGGCGUCAUUAG